AUGGAAGAAAAUGAUGAGAGAGAAGAUAAAGAUAUUGAAAAGGAUGAAUCGCGUGACGAGUCGUCAGGUUCGGAUGGGGAAGAUGGAGAUCACGAAAGAGAGGAAGAUGAAGAUCAAGAGGUCUCAAAAAACAAAGAUGAAAAAGAUGAGGACGAUUCAGACUCGGAUGAAAAGGAUGAAAUCACUGUUCCAAGGAGAUUUCCGUGGUUGCCGAAGGAGUCUGAUGAUGAUGAUGAGGAUGAUGAAGAAGAAGAAGAGGGAAAAGAAGAAGAAGAAGACCAAAUGAAACAGGAUGAGUAUUAUAACAAAUUAGUCGAAACGAUUGAUGAAGAAGAAUUAAAUGAAGAUCGAGUGAAAGCGAUAUGGAAUUUUGUGAAGAGAGGAAAUAUGCGUUUUGCUCAUAUUAUUGCUUUGACGCUCUACGAAACUAAAAAACAAUCUUUUGAUCAUUAUUUCUGCGAGGAAAUGGUAGAGAGAGCUGUUCAGUUCUGGAAUGAACAUGGAGAUUUGUCGAGGGGAGACGACGAGCAAUCCGUGGAUGAUAUGAAAGAAGCUCUCAAAAAAUUAGAGGAGCCAUCAAAGAAAGGCGAAGAAAAUACUCCGUCGGGCGUUAGAGAAGAAUUCUUGAAAUCUAUCACCUACUCCAGUAAAAAGUUGCGUUUCAAAAUGUUGGAUGGAUUGAUUGAAGCAGAUAAGGUCAAAAAAGAUAUUGACGAAAAGAAAUGGUUUUUGAAGGAGUUGAGCGAAUGGGAAGGUGGUUAUGAAAAAGUAAUCAAACAAAGAGCUGACCGUGCAUGGGAGAUUGUACGCACGUUCGGUUCCGGAGUCAACUAUAGCAUUGGAGCAGCUUUCUAUUUCACGGCCAGAAUCGAAAUUGAUUUGAAAUUUUUGGAAGAAGUGCUAGAAAAAGCGUUCAUUCAAUUCGGUUGGUGGAUAUAA